GCCGGGCCGCGCAUGGCGGAGGGCGCGGCGCUGCGGGCCGUGAGGGGCUGCCUGGCCGCCUUCCCCGGGGAGGCCCGCGAGCUGGGCUGGCCGGAGUCCAUACCCUAUCUUGACCGGCCUCCGUCCCCGCUGGAGUUUUAUCGGGAGUGGGUGAGUCCGAAUAAACCCUGUAUAAUUCGCAACGCCAUCAACCACUGGCCGGCUCUGAAGAAAUGGAGCUCAGCGUACCUCAGGGAGGUGGUAGGUCCCAAGGUGGUGAGUGUGGCAGUGACACCAAAUGGUUAUGCAGAUGCAGUGUUUCAGGACCGUUUUGUCAUGCCAGAGGAGCGCCAAAUGCCUUUCAUGGACUUUCUGGACAUUGUGGAGAAGAAAGUGGCCUCUCCCAACGUAUUCUAUGUGCAGAAGCAGUGUUCAAACCUCACUGAGGAGUUUCCUGAACUUGUCUGUGAUGUGCAGCCUGACAUACCAUGGAUGAGUGAGGCACUGGGGAAGAAGCCUGAUGCUGUGAAUUUCUGGCUUGGGGAGUCAGCUGCUGUGACAUCUUUACAUAAAGACCAUUAUGAGAACUUGUACUGUGUGAUAUCUGGAGAGAAAUAUUUUCUACUGCAUCCACCAAGUGACCGUCCCUUCAUCCCAUAUGAGCUCUAUCAGCCAGCAACCUACCACGUAUCAGAAGAUGGUUCAUUUGAAAUUGUGGAUGAGAAGACUGCAGAGAAGGUGCCUUGGAUCCCUCUGGACCCCUUGAACCCAGAUCUAGAACUGUACCCAGAGUAUGCUCAGGCAAAACCUUUGCAGUGUACAGUGAAAGCUGGUGAGAUGUUAUAUCUGCCUUCUCUCUGGUUCCACCACGUUCAGCAAUCACAUGGCUGUAUUGCAGUGAAUUAUUGGUAUGACAUGGAAUAUGACAUUAAGUACAGCUAUUAUCAACUACUAGACUGUCUCACAAAAACAGUGAAAAUGCUAUAGCAAAGGUGGGAGGCUCAAGCUUGUGAUCAAUCAUCAGCAUCUGUGACUGGAGUACAAACAUGAUUCCCCCACAAAGAACUGAACAUUAAAUUAUGGUCAACAAUGUCUGCUGAACACAUCGUGGCUAUUUUUCUUGGUUUCAGAAUCCAGACCAAUUGGUCAGAUUUUUUGACUUGUAAGUAGAACUUUGAACAGGAAUUUUAGGCCUUUGCAUGUUACCUCGGGGGAGCAAAAUAGAAUGUGAAGGAAGACAAUCCAAGUUUUGAAAAUCCCUGAACGGAAGCCCUGACUGUUCAGAUCUACAGAUUGUUUUCAUAACAACCCAAGUGGACGAGGAAGGAUCUGCUCUGUGCAUCAGGCUGCAACUGUCCAACGUGUGCAUUCUGCUUAAGGCAAAAAUCUGUCCUGUUGUAAUUCUCUUAAGUUCAGUGGCUGUGGUGUUUUGAUGGUGAGAAUCUACAACUUCUGCAAUAAAUAGGUCAGUUCAAAGCUUAUUUCUGUACUAAUUAAUUUUUUUUCCAAAGUAGACAAUGGCUGAAGGACAUCUAGGAAGACGUACAAAAGUCAGUGUUGGCUAUUUUCCA